UAAGGCCACCACAGCAUUCAGCCGCCCGAUGAAUCGGAGCGUUACCGGAGUUACCACGAGGAGGUAGCUGGGUGACUUGGUCGUGAGAGGCUUAGUGGACCUUACGAGAGGUCUUUAUUGCGCAUCACUCCCCGACAAUGAUACCCCCCAAGAGUUUACCUAAAGGAACGUCCAGCCUCCGUGACACCCAUACGACGUGGUUCUCAGGCCACUAGGAUCUGUGGAUCCCAACAACGAACACCAGCCCGCCGCACUGGACUUCGUAAAGCCAGGACAGCUGUUAAACCUUCGCUGCAAGGGCACGUUUCCUUAGGAGAGCGAGAGUACAUGGGGGGUAUCACAUGGUAUCGUAAGGUUAUCCCUAGUUACGCUGAAGCUCCUUCCUAUAAUUAUUAAAAAUGGGUAAUACCGCAGCGAAAAUAGAAACAAAGUCGGAAGAUAAGAAAAAACUGAAACCUUGCUGCGCCUGUCCUGAAACCAAAAAAGCGAGAGACGCAUGUAUUAUAGAGAAAGGGGAGGAAAAUUGCGGCGAUCUCAUAGAAGCACAUAAAACUUGUAUGCGAUCAAUGGGAUUUAACAUUUAAGACAUAGAAGAAUAAUAACUCCAAGAUGUCUUUGUUCCAAGGAGCCCCAAGAACAUACCUAAGAACAAAGAAUCUAGAGAAAUCUCAGGUUAUAAGCAUAUUUACAUACUUAGGUACAUAUGUCUCUUUGUAAAUAAUUUUCAGUUGAAACUUGAUAAAGAAUAAAGUAUUAUAUAUUAUGAUGCUACAAAACAAUUUAAUUUAAAUAAAUUGGUUUUGUUUUGAAUGAACUUCUAAGAACAUGAUGUAGAUGUUACAACGUAACUAUAUGUAAGAAAUAAAAAUCAUACUCAUCUUUUCAA